UUUUGAACCCAGAACAGCUUUAUGGCCUCCCAGGGAUCAGUGGUGCUCCUGGGAAAGGCAAUAGCCCACGCCCCUUUCUUCCUCUACUUAGCAUCGGGCACGUAACUCUCUGAGCCCCGUACUCUAGUCUAUUCUACAACACUCUGAGGAAGAGCGACGCUGGUCCUGGGACUCCAGCGAAACGCUGAUUGGGUAGGAAGGACAGAGAAGAAAGUGAAACUCAGCCUGCGCGCCUGCCGUGGGCGUCAUCAUGGCUUCUCCCAGCCCCAGGAAGAAACUCAAGGAUGAAGCUACCUGCCCUAUUUGCAUGGACUUUUUCGCCACUCCGGUCAUCACACCUUGCGGGCACAAUUUUUGUUUAGCCUGCAUUACCAAGUGCUGGGAAAAUUCGCCUAGGACGGCUGUUUGCCCUCAGUGCAGAGCGAGAAUUAAGCGCUAUUUCAAGCCCAACAAGCAGCUGGCCAACUUCGUCGAGAUCACCAGAGAGUGGAAGGUGCAGGACGAGGAAAGAGGAGUGUGGUGGCGGUUCUGCGAGAGGCACCGGGAGCCCCUCAAGCUCAUCUGCCAGGCUGACAAAGUUCCCAUCUGCGUGGUGUGUGUCAGGUCCAAGGAGCACCAAAAUCACAGUGUGGUUCCCGUGGAAGAGGCUGCCCAGGAGUAUCAGGAAUGGCUGGGUAGCAACCUGGAGAUCUUGAAGAAGGAGAAAGAAAAAAUUCUGACUUAUGAAGAAGAAGCAGGCCGUGAAAGUAAAGACUUGCUUGAGCAAAUACAAAGAGAGAGGAAGAAGAUAAUGUUUUUGUUCAGGCAAGUGAGCAUGUUACAGAGACGUUUCCUGCAAAAGGCGGAGGAGGUGAAGGAUGAGCUUGAUAGAAGAAAAGCUGGGCAGAUGCUCAGACUCUCAGAGGAGCUCUCUUCUCUUGAAAAUACCAUCCAGGAGAUGGAGGAGGAGUGUCGGAAGCCAGCAGGUGAACUGUUGCAGGAAGUUGGGGGCACCUUGAAGAGUUUUAAGAAGAGGCCAUUUCAGAAGACAGUGGCUUUUCCUCCUUCACUGAAGUGGAAGAUCCGGGAGCUCCAUGAUGUAAACCCCUUUCUGGAGGGCAUGGUUAAGCAAUUUAAAGAUGCUGUGAUAUCUGGAAUUCAGCUGCAGAGAGCCAACGUCACUCUGAAUCCAGACACAGCUCAUCCCCGACUUGUCUUGUCUGAGGAUCGUAAAAGCGUGAAAUACGGAGACAAUGAUCAAGAUCUGCCCGACAACCCUGAAAGAUUUGAAAAAUAUAAUAUGGUGCUAGGGUGUGAAGGAUUCACAGCAGGCAGACAUUUGUGGGAAAUCACUUUAGGAACUGAAGCAGAAUGGGCUGUGGGAGUCGUGAGAAAGUCUGUGAGGAGGAAGGGUGAGGUUGACUUUACUCCUGUCUCUGGAUUCUGGGCUUUGUCCAGGAAUUCAAGUGGGUUGUGGAUUCCCAAUACUCCUGGUGCUACUUCUCUGACCCUGAGUGGGCAGCCCAAGAGGAUCCGAGUUACUCUCAACUAUGCUGGGGGACGGAUAGCCUUUUUUGAUGCUGAUUCAGCAGCCCUGCUCUAUGCAUUCCCAGGAAACUUGUUCUCAGGAGAAACCCUUUUCCCUUUCUUUAAGGUCUUUGAAGAAGCCCACCUGAUCCUCUCUCCCUGAUGCAGUGAAGAAGUGGAGAUAGGCAGCAACAAUACAGCUGCAAAGUGUGUUCAAGACGGCAGUAAAGUGAAGACUUUUUAAAAACGUUCCACACAAGCUUCUAAAAAUAUCUCUCUCAUGGUCCAGAUGCUUGCAUAGCUUUCCGUCAGCUCCUUUUUUCAGCAAUUUGACACUGGCAACAUGCUGAGCAGGGAUCUCAUGCAAUAUUCACAGCACCAUCUACAGGCCAGUUCUUGCAAGCCUGUGCCUUUUCAUUACUGCCUUUAAGUAUAGAAGAAGUAAAGUAGGAGUGGAAAGGGAUGGGUUUGCAAGUGCUGGUCUUUAGGUGCUGCUGUGAAAAUUGCACAAAGUACCUGUUCAGCAUGUAGCCAGAGACUUGAAUCACUGUACAAGGGAGCAUGGGAGCCUAUGAAAAGCUGUGCCUGGACCCUGAGUGAGACGCCAUUCAAAACUCACUCUCUCGUGAGCUAAUUUCAAAAUAAAAAGGGGUGGCAAUAAAAAGAGUUCUGAACAAAUGUUUGAUCAGACAGUCAUGUCUGCUGACUCAGGGUGGUGGGGAGCAUAGCACCUCCCCUUUAACUAUCCAAAAUAACUUUUUACAGUGCUACAAAGUCCCCCUGUAACUGUCAAAACUCACUCAGUGGAACCACUUUGCUCUUUCUUUUCCAGUGUUCUUCCUCCAGCUUAUUUUUAAAAGAGGCAGUAACACUGCUACUGAGAACAGCAGAUCUGCUUUGAGCAAAGUCACAAUCCUAAAUAGGCAGCAUACUGGCUGCAAGCUCCGUGAUCUUCAGCCCUGAUUUCAGUUUCCCUUUUUCCUUUUUGUCCUAACUAGUCUUCCGCCAGCUGUGAAGAUGCAAAACAAGUGGCUAGCCCUCCCAGUCCAAACAACAAAUGUGUCCUUGAUUGAUGCUGCUGGGGAAGCUGACCAGUUUAAAAUAAAAUAAAAAAUAAAUUUUUAAAAAAGUUAGGCAAAAUCUCUGUCGGUAGAAAGAGGCCAAUUUGCAUGUCAUUUAACAGAGUCCCUCUCACAUUAUGAACCUCCUGUGAGGAAGGAGGUCCUGGUUCGGGAUGAGGGAACCUGGACCCAUCACAUCCCAGGGAUGUUCUUCCAAGCCUGGCCACUAUCUGGUCUCCAGUUACCAAAUAUGAGAAAAGCUGUUUCCUCUUUUGCAUUACUUUUAUUGAACAUGUUUUCAGAAUGUGUGUACUCUUUAUCUUCUUGAUAUUCUCUUUUUUUAACCUCCCACCUCAGAAGCUUUCUGGUCCCACAUUUCAUUUUUAUUAUAAACCAUGUUAUGUUUUUUGUAACAAUGGUUCUCCAGAUAGUUUAUAUUCAUAAUAAAAAGCCCAAUAAUAUAUACUACUGGUGGAGGUGGGGAUUUGCACCCCUGCUUCCAGUAAUUUCUGCAAGUAAAAGUUGAUGUAUAUUUCAAACCAGAACCUUGAAUUUUGGUGAAGCUGAAAAUGCCACCAUGUUUUAAAAUUUGUAAAAGUUCUGCUAUCUUGCUGUUUCACAAUUCCAAAGUGAAUUUUUUUAAUGGAUCUUCAGCCACUUUACCCUAAAGAUAAGAUGGUUUGAGCUUACAGGGGAAUUGCUUGUUAUUGUUGCUUUCUGUUUAUGUUGAUAAUAAAGGAGUUUUGAGAAUAUAAAA